AUGAAGCCCAAUAAAGAUCCCAUCGUCCUCUACUGGCAUCGUACAGACCUCCGCCUGCACGACUCCCCAGCCCUGCACGCGGCCCUCGCCCUAAACCCAGCAGCAUUCAUCCCCAUCUGGACCUGGGACCCGCAUUACGUCUACCGAUCGCGCGUGGGCCCAAAUCGAUGGCGCUUCCUCCUCGAAUGCCAGCGCGACCUCUCCGAUUCCUACACACAGCUCAACAGCAAGCAGAAGCUGUGGGUCGUGCGGGAGGCGCCGCAGACGGUCCUCCCGAAGCUCUGGGCGCGGUGGGGCGUCACGCACCUUGUCUUUGAGAAAGACACGGACGCCUACGCGCGCGAGCGUGACGAGGCUAUCAUCCAAUUAGCCGAGAAGGCCGGCGUGGAAGUGAUCGUCCGGCAGGGCCGGAAUCUGUUUGAUCCGGAUGAACUGGUCCGUCAGAACCGGGGCAAGGCGACGAUGAGCAUAGCGCAGGUGGAGAAGGCGGCGCAGAAGAUCGGGGAUGGGAAUCCUGACCGGCCGCUCGAUACGCCGGGCAGUGUGCCUGAUCCGCUGGGGGAGGCAGAGAUGAAGCUCGACGGAGUGGAACAGGGGACCGUAGCCGCGAGGCCGGAUUUCAACGCGGAGUACCGGUCGUCGAAGGAUGAACAGUAUUCGCAGAUCAUGGGGCCGAAGAAUGAUUUUGGGGUUCCGACGCUGAAGGAGAUUGGGAUUGCGGAGGAAAAGAUUACUUCGCCACAUCGAGGGGGCGAGAGGCAGGCGUUAGAGCAGCUGCGUCGGUGUAUUGAGGACGACGAGUAUGUGGGACGCUUUCAGAAGCCGAAUACUUCGCCUGCGGACUUUGAGCCGCAGUCGACGACGCUGCUGUCGCCGCAUCUGCAUUUUGGGUCGCUUUCUGUGCGCAAAUUCUGGUGGGAUGUGCAGGAUGUAUUGGCGAAACGCAGGAAGGAGAAGAAAGAGACUUCUUCCAUCCCGACGAAUUUGCCCGGUCAACUGCUAUUUCGAGAUAUGUACUUUGGGGCGCAGGCAGCGACGAAGAAGCCGGAGCAGGUUGAUCAGAUCACCAGCGGCGAGAAGAACAAAGCAGACGAUGGUAAGCUAUACGAGGUUGACUCGCCCCAGGCGGAGGAGUGGUUCAUCCGCUGGAGAGAAGGCCAGACUGGAUUUCCGUGGAUCGACGCCCUCAUGCGUCAGCUGAAGCAAGAGGGUUGGAUCCAUCAUCUGGGGCGACAUAGCGUUGCAUGUUUUCUCACACGGGGUGGGUGUUAUGUGAGCUGGGAACGUGGUGCUGAAGUAUUCGAAGAGCUGUUGAUUGAUCAUGAAACUGCAUGCAAUAUCGGAAACUGGAUGUGGCUGUCGUGCACGGCGUUCUUUGCCCAGUUCUACCGUUGUUACUCGCCUGUUGCGUUUGGCAAGAAGUGGGAUCCAGAGGGAGAUUUCGUGCGCCGGUAUUGCCCGGAGCUGAGCAAGUUUGACAAGAAGUACAUCUACGAGCCCUGGAAGGCGCCGAUCCAAGACCAGAAGAAAUGGGGCUGCAGGGUCACGGGCGACGGGAGCGAAGCCAAGUCCGAAGCAGGUCAAGUAUAUCCGAAACCAAUGUUUGAUUUUGAUGAACGGAGACAGAUUUGCAUCGAUGGGAUCAAAGCCGCAUACGAUGCCAAACUAUACGGUAAUACGGAGAGUGUGCUUGACGGAACAUGGGAGGAGGCGUUCAGAGAGGGUGCCGAAAACCCUAAAAAGAAGCAAAAGACUUGA